AUCUAGAACGUGCUUAUGGAUCUACCGUCUAACCGCCAUGACAGCUUAUGCUUUUCGUAUUGCGUGACGUUUGAUCGGAACAUGACAUUUUGCACACUUAAUUUUGACAAAUGGCAGACUUCUUUUUCGGUUUCGAUACAACGCUCGCAAAUAGCAGUUUAGAAGAUGGGUUGGAUUGCCCAUUGGAGGAGGACGAUUUCGGAGAAGAGGAAUACGACGCGUUGAACGAUGAAACUUUCGGUUCCGAAGCUGCCACCGGUGAUUGGGAGAAGGACCAUGAAAAACUCGCAGAGAUCGCGGAAUCUAGCCGAAAUCGGCCGCAUGACCAGAAUACCCAGAACCGGAAGGUAAUUUUCAAUGCAACUGGACCUUAUCUUCAACAACAACAACAACAACAACAACAGCAGCAGCAACAGCAGCAACAACAGCAACAACAACAACAACAACAACAACAACAGCAGCAGCAGCAGCAACCGCAACAAAAAUCCGAUGGAUCGCUUCUCUUUGAAUCCUUGUCGACUCCGCCACGCUUUCCGCCAGGAUUGGGCAUACCGUCCGCGCAUCCUGUCAUUUUACCUCCAAACGCGAGAUUUCCCCAUAUGCAAUUCAUACCGCACCUUAGGCAAUUACCGAAUCAAACUGGAAAUGUAUUGAGGUAUCCCAUACCUGCGCAUUUGAUGGUACCGCAUACGGGGCAUUUAAUGGUGCCGCACGGUGCACAAAGGCAACCGAUUCACGGUUCUUUUUGCAAUAAUUUUCCUCAACCUACGCACUCGAAUUUAGGGCCUCCUCCGUUUUUACGAACGGAUCACAGCAUAGUGUCUUCUUUUUCUAGUAAUCAAACCGGUCCUCAUCAACAGCAACAUUCUUUCUCGCACUCUGAAAACCAACGAAAUCAGAACAGAUCUUUUCAUCAUGCGGAGCAACAAGGGAACCAUCAACCAUUUUUUAAAAAUAAUCAGCAUCAUCGUAAUCACGAUUGGAAUUAUCAGCAACGACAAUACCAUUAUCAUCAUCAUCAUACUCACGUAGUAAAUGGAUUGACCAAUACGGGAGAAUGCGACGAAUACGCUGGUCUUAUGAGCGGCCGGGAGAAACAAUGGUUAAUUAAUAUACAAUUGCUACAACUGAACACGAACGGGUCGUACGUAGACGACUACUAUUACACCGUGUUUUGCGAUAAAAGGAACAAACGGAACACAAAUCAAGAACAGAAGGAUAAAAAGUAUUACAACAACAAUAACGAUAACGGUUACCACAGAGAUUCGAGAGAUCGAGACCAGUCGACGCAUCAUACCCUUAUCAGACAAAUAUAUAUACCAGCACAAUUCGAAAAUUCUUUGGGAAAAUUACAGUUUGCCAGUGUAACAGCUCCGCGUAAAGUUAUCGAUAUGGACGUUGUGCCGAACAGCGAUCCUCAGUCGGCCACGCAAAUACAACAGAAAGACACGAGAAGAACGAGACAGUUGCUGCUUGAAAUCGAAAGGUUGUACGUGAUACAAUUAAACUUGGAAGACUUGCAUAAUCCGUUGGCUCUGCUGAACGAACAGCAAACUCAGGAAAGAGAAACCGAUGCGAGCACCGUUAAAAAGACUAGACCAGAAUUAAUAAAUAUGAUGUUGUUAUCUUUGCUUCAGUUAAUUCAAGACGAUAAACUGACGAGCAUGCUUAGCAUUCGAAAAGGGAAAACACUGUUGUUAAGGUUCUUGCCGUACUUGAACGUGUCGGAGCAUCGCGCGCAGGUGGAAGAUUUAUGGAAUGCGAUAUUCCGAGGACUGGCGGUAAUUGGUCGUAGAGACUCUCACUUGUUGGUAACGCUUUAUUCGGAGUUUCAACAUUGGUUCGCCACCGUACAAGACUUUGGCGUGAUACUACGGCUAACACGAUCCUUAUCCGACUCUGUUAGUCAGCCGAUCAAGAAUAACAAUUUAUCGUUUGCUCUGACGAACAAGUUUGGCGUAUCCGUAGUAGCCUCGAUGCUGGAACGAGCGGAAGAUCUGUAUCCUACGGAUGAUUCUUUGCGCGCGGAAUGGUCGUCUUUCGUGGAGAACAUCAUCGAGAUAACAGGUGAAUCGCCACCGUGCGUCGCACCGUGUCGACCGAUGGCCGCGAAUACGCUCAGUCAGCAUUUAAAUCGAUUACCUCGCGUGAAAACCGAGGAGGGGUACACAAACCUGGAACUUUUACUAACCGAUGCCAACCCAUCCCGAUAGUCGGAAAUUGAUUAAAUCGUUUCUUGCUGUAACAUUUCAAUUAUUUUUAUUUUCGUUAGUAUGAACAGAGCAUUAUUAUGCCGAAGAAAAUGUGCGGUCUCACCCUUCUGCUACAUUAUUACGUACUAUUACAUAUUUCACUGUGAUCGGUAACCAUAUUCUCACAGUAGAUCCAUGCUUCGUUUCUGUACCUCGAACUCGUUACGACAGCCGUUUUUCGAUUCUUUCUCAUUUAGAUUUCAUCCGAUCGAUUUAUUUAGCCCAUAUAUAUAUAUAUAUAUAUUUAUAUAUAUAUAUAUUUUCCAGUGUUCUGUGUACACCGAUUUCUUAACCCCGAGUCUACUGUGUAAAACUGGUCAUCGAUUUCGACUUCCUUUUUACAUAAACUACACAUCCUAUGUUCUUUUACAGUUUAAUCGCGUAACUUUUCCUUUCUGAAACAUAUUUCCAAUAGAAUUCGUAGUACGGUAAUUCUAGGAUAUAUGUUUACCGAUAUUAUAUUGUCGAGACGUAGAAUCGCAUAUUUUUGAAAGACCUUACAGUUUUCGCCCCUAUUUCAUCCGUCUCGCGCGUUCACUGGAAUUUUCCAUCCGUAUCAGAUUGAAACAUCCAACUCGAGUUUUAUCGUGCUCGUUCGAUGGACGGUAAACGAUCGAAGUGAACGAACUUGGAAGUAUUACAAGUAUAUUAGAACGCAUAGGGUGUGUAGGUUUUUAACUUCCUUUAAGAUUUCAAAGAUAACAGCAUGUUAUUGUAAUUGCUUGUUAAAAAGUCAGCUUUUCUCCGAAGCGACGACUCGUACAAAAUAGUACGUUACCUUCGUACAGGACAAAUUGUAUCUACGAAACGCAUCGUCUAUUCGUUCGUAUUGUUCGUUUCUACUGGUUUCUACUCGAACGUUCGAGUAUCGCGUGAUCGAAAGGAUCGUGCACAAGUUUCUACGAAAUUUCGCGAGAUCGGAAGUAUUUCAAGGUUUUUACAUGAUGCGCGAUUAGCGCGUUAAGUAGCGAAAAAAGUUUGAGAGAAAUCGGUGCGAUCGACGUCUCUCGUCCAAAGACGGCGAGUCGCAACCUUUUCUUCUGAUCGGUUCUAUCCUCCGGUGAAAAGAUUGGCGACCGUUUCGUGUGCAUUUUUCAAACACUGAUCAGUGUUGGGUAAAAAAGUGUUUGCGCAAUUGCUUCCUGGUCGUUAUAAUAAGGAAAGAAUAUCGAACAGAUUGUUGUAGCCUGUAGCAAAUGCGCGAACAACGGUUUCGUAUAUACGACGACAUGGCCUUUAGUAUACAGUGUAAGGUGGUUACUUUUUAUCGCAGAACACAUUGAUCGAGUCUUGUAUGUACAUUUAGCUUGUAUGUACAUAAAGCGAUUCCGACGAAUGAAUAACUUCGUAUAUUUUGUAAUUGGAUGCAAAAGAAAAUUUAUUUUUUGCUUCCACGACAUAGCAGUACGUCAUUUUUGCAAAAAAGAAACAAGAAAAAUGAGAAAGAUUAUAUAAAAAAUGAUAAAAAGUAUCGAUCGAGUUAUUUUUUAAUCUCUGUAGUGGUUCUAAAAUCCAUGAAUUACUCGGCAUCUUCAAGUCACAUAGUGUAUAUUAAAUAUUCGUAAAACAGAGCGGUGCGUUAUAUCGCGGUCCAAUACUUGUACUCUUCUCUUGUAACGUAAGACACUAAUUAUAAGUUUAACGAGCUCCUUUCUUUUUUAUUUUUUCUCUUUUGAAAUGUGUAUGUACCACUGUAUCUAACCGAGUCUCGUUCCGAAGUAUCACAAACAUUCUGACAAAUUCUCUUGUCCUUAAGUUCACUGUUCGACUUCAGUGUGAUACAUACUUACUUACGUACACUAGCGCGAGAAUCCGGGAGUCCCACGGAACACAGACGGUUUCCGUUCCGACCGCGAACCGAGGCCGAUUCCAAUUUCGGAAGGAGUUGAUUAGAUUUACUGUUUUGUAAAAUGAUGAUCGAACAGUGACCGAUCUGAAAUCGAGCACGAUUCGAUUCCACACUAUCGGAUCAAAGAUAUUUGUUGAGCCUGUACAAAUUUUUUAAUCUUUGAAAGUAAACUGUACCAUAAAGUUUAACCACACGCAUUAUCUUUUACGCGUCUCUUCGAUUCUGCUCUAUAGCUUUCCGACCACUGCGAACGAUAUACGAAGCUUCACGAUUUCCACGGAAAUCGGUCGAAUAGUAUAGUAAACCGGAGCAAGUACUCAAACUACAAGUACUUAUAUAUAUAUAUUUUUCUAGCAGAACUCUGCUUACUGUGUUUACAC